AUCUCUUCAGCUUUGGACACUUGUUCACUAGCUGCCCGGCAGCCCAGAUGCAUAAAAGCAAGUGUGCGUGUGCCUGCGUGUGGGGAGGAAGCGAGGAAUGGCGGAUGGGCGAGAAAAUAACCCUUCCCCACUGCCUACAGCCGGCGCGACAGGGGCUGGUGGCGUUGGUGGCACUCCGUGUCACCUACCACCGAUGAUAAUUACAGUCGCAGCAGAGCCAGGAGGCGAAGGGGGGAAGGCAGCGCAGGGGGGAAGGCUAAAAGCUUCUGCUCAAUCCUCUCGAAAAUAAUGAAACCAACUCCGCUGGCCCCGCGCACCCGAGCGGCUCUGCCCGCUCCUACCACGGUCACCCCCCGGUCCCCCGGGGCGAACGGAGGGAGCGGCCGGGGCAGCCCCCGCAGCCUGGGCGGGCGAUCCGGGGCCGCGGGGGCAUCCCCGGGCAGCGGCAGCCCUGGGGCUGUCCUGGGGCCCGGCAGCCCACGGCCCGCGGGACCUCCCUCGGCCUCGGGCAGGGCACCCCGGCCCCGGCCGCCCCAACUUUCCUGGAGCCGGCGGGGAGAGGGGAACAUGGCUUCUGUCCGCUCCGAGCCUCCGCCGGGAGGGAGCAGGAGGGGGGAAAAGGGGGUACCCAAUAACACAGGGAGAAGGAGCGCAGCGGAGAGGAGGAGGAGGAGGAGGAGGAGGAGGCAGGCGCUGCUCCGGGGCGCCCGUUCCUGCAGCUGCUCGAGCCCGGAGUAAUUGCGCUCCCAUGUUCACCAUCACCAUAAAUUCACCUAUCUCCAUCCGAAACACACUCACAAAAAGAGAGAGAGAAGGAGAAAGAGGCGCCGGGAGCCCUUACCGUGCUCAGAAACUACCUCUGCUUGCAGCUCUUCGUCCGAUUUGAGAUGCUGGGGUUUCGCUUGCUUUCGACGAGACAUGCUGCUAACUGAGCCGUCUUGACUCUGUUUUUUGCAGAGGCAUCAGCGACGUGGAGGUGGC